CCUUCGACGCAUACACAGCUGUUCCGAGGAGUCAUGAGCGAAAAUUACCUCUUAAAAUUGAAUUAGUUGAUUUAAAGCGACAGCCAGCCGGCGGCCAGCGAGGCAGCAACGAUGCAGCGAGUCCAGGCGGACCAGAAGCCAGCCAGGAUGCCCCAGCAUCCGCAGGGGCACCACCAUUCCCACUCGGAGGAGCGGGAGCACAACAGCAAUGAGACGACGACCACAUCAAAUGCUAGGAUUGCGGCCAGCAGCAGUGCCACGCCCACAGCGGCGGCGGGGGCAGCGGGCGGAGGAGGAGGAGCACCCAGUGGAGCACCCACUCCGCCCAAGAGUCUGGCCCUCAACCAGAACCACCAGCAUCAUCAUCACUACGGAUCGGAUACAUCCGGAGAUCAGGAGGAGGAGCUGCUGGACUCUCGCUACGAGUGCGCCAUCUGCAUCGACUGGCUGAACGAGCCGGUGCUGACCUCCUGCGGCCACCGCUUCUGCCGCAGCUGCCUGGCCGCCUGGAUGCAGAAGAACAACCAGUGCUGUCCGAUGGACAACAAGCGUCUGUCCGCCGAGCACGACAUCUUCCCGGACAACUAUACGCGCCGGGAGAUCGAGCAGCUGAAGCGCGACUGCCCCAACUCCUCGCUGGGCUGCUCGGUGGUGGCCUCGCCCAUCGAGCUGCACCGCCACCUGCCCAGCUGUCCCUUCCGCCGGCAGCAGGAGCCGCAGGAGGAGAAGUGCCCGUUUGCCAAGAUCAAGUGCGAUUUUGUCGGCCGACCCGAGACGAAUCAGCUGGAGGAGCACCUCAAGGCGGACAUGCCGCACCACAUGCAGCUGAUGCUGCAGGCCUUCCAGCAGACGGCCAUUGCCACCUGGCAGCCGCACAAGCCAAGUAGCAGCAGUGGAGGAGGAGGAUCAGUGGAGAACGGCCAUGGGCUGCCGCCACCUCCUCAAUACGCCAACGGAGUGGAUGAGCAGAUCGUGCAGACCAUGUACCAGCGGAUUGUGGUGCUGGAGCAGCGGACGCGCGAGCAGGAGACGCGACUGGAGAAUCUGCAGAAGCAGUUGCGGUUGGCACGCCAACAGGCGCCCGUGGAUCCGCGCUACAGCAACGGAACGAUUGUGUGGCGCAUCGAGCAGCUGGGCGCUUUGGUGGCCCGCCUGCGGGCGAAUGCCAACAAUCAGGUUUACUCGCACGAGUGCUACACCUCGCCGCAUGGCUACAAGUUCUGUGCGCGGCUAAAUAUUCAGCCGCGGAAGCCGCAUGUGCUCAGCCUGCAUGUGCAUCUGAUGCAGUCGGAGAACGACUAUCAUCUGGACUGGCCCUUCAAGGGACGCAUCAAGCUGUGCAUGGUCCAUCCGGCGGAUGUGACGCUCUCGCAGCACGAUACGAUUAUGACCAAGCCCGAGAUACUGGCCUUCCAUCAGCCGCGCGAGGCGAUCAGCACGCGGGGAUUCGGCUUCCUCGAGUACGCCAACAUAUCGAACAUCAUUCAGCUGGGCUUCUGCGCCGAUGACCGGCUGCUCAUCAAGAUCGAGAUCAAUAUUGUGUGAAAUGUUGCAGGAAAUGGAGUCUUCCGAUUAGGUUGCGUUUGUAACAAGGUGGAUCGAAUUGUAGGGCGAGUAGGAAAGCCAGGAAUUAGUCGGAGUAAAUUAGCAUAUUUAUCUUUGUCAUAUUUUAAUUUCACUGAAAGAUAAUCUCUGUAAAGAGCAGUAGAGAAUGCCUGACCUAUCAGCUAAAUAACCUAGAAUUACUCGAUCCACUUUAGUGAACGUAAAUAUGCAAUAACCAAUAGCCGACGCGUAUAUAUUUUAUAUAGACCUAUAUAUAGUAUACUAUAGUCACCGUCUAGCAGGCAUCACAGAAAGCAAUUCCGUUGAUAUUCCUUUCCAUUAACUAAUCGAUAUUAUCUAUGCUAGAACUAUUUCGUAUUCUCGUUUAUAACUCGUUUUAGCAAUCGAAGGGCAUUGGAAAAACUAGAUCUAUAAUUAGAAAUUUCAUUUGAACCUGGAUUUCCCCGUGAUCCCUUAAUUAAUCUUUAGUUUCCAAAACAUUCUCGUCAAUCUGAUUGAAUUUAACUAUUAACCGAGUACGUCCAUUUUUUUAAACUAGUUUACUUGAUAAUCCAUUUAGAAUUAUGCUAGGUUUUAAUGCUUUAGUUUAUCGUUUCGAAAAUAAACUAAAAAUGAGCGCUUAGAAUUUAAAAUACGUACCUUUUUUAAGCAACGAAGGAGCCAGAAAAUAUAUUUUAAAAGGCUGUAUGUAUUAUUUUA